AUGGAUUUAAAUUUUCAAAAUUUUGAAAAUGUGAACUCCACCAACGAGCAAUCUGGAGCUUUCGGUGGAAAUAUUGGAGAUCGAAACAACCUCGUCGGAUCCGGUGCUUCUUUGUCGGCUCCGUCAGGAGGAGUGUUCGACGACUCCCAAUCUUCCACAUCAACAAGAAAAGGAAAUUUUUUCUCUUUCGAAUACUAUCAGCAAUUCUUCGAUGUGGAGACAGAUCAAGUUAUUAAACGCCUUUUGAACAGUGUCGUUCCCACCCACCGAAACUAUAUCCAAGAUUUCCUCCAGCCCAUUCCUGAUUUGUGGGGGCCAUUCUGGGUGUCAGUGACGUUGGUUUUUGCCAUCGGAAUCUUUGGAAAUUUGGCCCAGUUCAUUGAAAAUGAUGGAGCCAAAGGAACAUAUGGUUCGGAUUUCCGAAUGGUUACUUCUGCUUCCACUCUCAUUUUCCUGUAUGUUGUCAUUGUCCCACUUCUACUCUACGGUCUUCUCUGGAAUCGCCGUAGCGAGCUUCUCCACCCAUACGUGGAUCUCGUCUGUCUCUAUGGGUAUUCAUUGACCAUAUUUAUUCCAGUCACGUUCUUGUGGAUUAUUGACAUUGGAUGGUUCCGUUGGGCUCUCAUCUUCAUGUCUGUUGGACUCUCGGGGACAGUUUUGGCUCGUGCCAUCUGGCCAGCCGUUCAAAAUGACGUUAAUAAAAUGGUUGCAUUCGGAACAAUAAUCACUGUUGUCGUGCUUCACUUCCUCCUCGCCUUCACUUUCAAGGAGUUCUACUUCGAUGCAAUGCAUCCGGCCAAGUCGGUUGUUCCAAUCUCCCCAACUGAAGCUCCACUGGAUAUCACUACAGCUGCGAUGAUUCAAAAUGCAACGGUAUCAUCAAAUCAAACAAAAGAAGCACCUGAAGCACCGAAUAUGAUUGCGAACGAGACGAAAGAAGACAAGGAAUCAACACGGAAUGAAACGUCGACAGAACCAAGCCACACAGUUGGAACCAAAGAUGAGAAAGUUGAUUUGAAACCGGCGAACACAACUGUGAAACCUACGGAGAAGGCGACGUUAGCAACUGCUACUGACACAUACUCGAUCAAUAUGGAACAAUAUGAGCACUUUUAUAGUCCACAGCACUGCUUCGUAUAUUUCCCGAUAAUUCCUAGACGAAACAGUCCCGCACGAAAAGAACUGGACGCGUAUUCUCGAUAUAUGAUGGAUUUGAUGAUUCAGUUUCAUGGAUUACCGGUCAUACAAAGAUCUCCUCGUGAACAGCGAAAUUUGGCACGGGUUAUGACAUUCUAUGAGCACGAAUUGUCAUAUCUUCAUCAGUUUGAUGCGAAAAAUUACAACUUUGAACAGGAAGAGGAGAAGAAAAUUGAGAACAUUGACACCAAUCAAGUCGAAACGAAAGAAGCAAAUUCGGCCGAGCUUGCAAACCCAGAGUCCGAGAUCCCAUUCGACAAUGUGUUUGCGAAGCUCAUCAAUUCUGGACUUAACAAACAAGUUGACGCGGAGAGUCAAGACACAAAGCCAGGGAAUUCAGGCGGAGAUGAAUCUGAGCUAACUGUUAGCACUGAACAUGUGAAGGCAUUCGAUACGGAACCGAAAACUUCAGACAACAGAACGAACUCAUACUCACUGUUGUCGUCUUUACUUGAAGAAUCUUUCGAAGCGUCUUGGGUAACAAAUUCCGAAGAUAACUGGUCGAAGCCGUCGUUGAAAACUCACCUGGUACCAAAUCCAGCAUUCUGUCCUCAUUCCGACAUGGCAAAAGACGAUUAA